GCUGAUGCAUCAGCAGCAGCAGCAAGCACCAGCAGGUUCUCACGUCGCUCUUCCGCAAUGCAGCGGCAGGCGGAGCUUCCGGCUAUGCCAGCUAGUCCCCUCUCGCUUUCAGAAGCGCUGUACCUGUCGAAGGAGGCUGGGUGCUUCACGGUGAAGGAGUUGCAGAAGAUUGUUCUCACCUCUCCGUCAUUCUCCUCGGACUCAUCCCCCUUUUUGUUGGAGAACAUGUUUUCAUCCUUAGCUGCACCGCCAGAGAAGGAGGGCCCCAUGAUGGAAUUUGGCGAGGGUAUUGACGACGAUGACGAUGUAGCAGCCGCAGCAGCAGAGGAGGAGGAGGCAGGGAUGAACUGUGCGUUGCUGCAGUGCACUUGUCUUGUCUUGCGCGCAGCCACGAGAGAUGCAGCAGUAGGUGCUGUAGAUCGAGUCCUGAGGGCACAUGUGCAUAACUGCUUUGAUCCUGAAAAGCGCAAGACGUUUGAGCAUGGAGGACGCGUGUGGUUGUGCCGCGCGGAAGGACGGGGCACCCGGAAAAGGGCAGCGGCCGUGGCAGUCCUUACCAGGGGGACUGGGCAGGUCAGAGUUUGCGGACGGGAGGAGGUUUAUACCCGUUGGCCCUAUGUAUACAAUAGAAUAGAGGCACUGCAGCCACUUUAUAUCGCGGGAGUCGCUGGGAUCUUUGACGUCGACAUCCACGUGAAGGGUGGCGGCCCCUCCGGGCAGGCUGCUGCAACAAGGCUGGCCAUAGGGAGGGCCCUUGUGGAAGCGUGCAGUGACUGCCAGCCGGAGCUACAAGAAGCAAUGGUGCUGUACGAGGACACGAGGCAGCGAAUGCCCAAGAUGCCCGGGCGGAUGAAGGCCCGCAAACAGCGGCAGUGGUCUAAACGCUGA